AUGCCUAAUUCACCGGCAACUCCGUCUUUUUCUACACCGUCGACAUCAAAGUCAUCUUCUGAUUCAAAUCGAAGGAAAUACUCUAAAAAUGUAGAUUAUUUCCAGUCAUCAAAAUCCUCUUCAAGUACACUAUCUAAAAAUGAAAUCUUGGAACUUAAGUGCCGCUUGGUAAAUGUUAAAAAACAGUUAAAAGAAAGAGAGCGCGUUAUUGAAGAAUUAAAUAAUAAAACAACAAUAUCGGAUAUUAUAAAAGAUGAAGAAGAAAAUAGACCUUAUUUGAAACAACAAGUUAAGAUUUUAACUGAAAUAUGUGAGCAAUUACUUAAAGCAGUACAGGAGGGAGGUGAAGCUGACAAUCAAAGAUUGGAAUGCAUGGAAAAUUUGUACUCUGAACAUGUAGAAGAGUUAACAAAUACAAUUAUGGAAUUAAGAGUAGAAAAUAAUGAAUUGAAAAAGUUAAAUACGGAAAAUGGAGGGAAAGUAAUUAAAAUAAUACGGGAAAAUGAAUAUUUACGGGAACAUACUAAAUAUCUUGAAGAGAAAUUAACAAAAUUGACAGAAGAUGUUGAAAAAGAAGCUGCUGAAAACAAACGAUUAAGAUUAGAAUUUAAAAAACAGGAGGUUAACCAAAGACAGCUAAAUAGUUCUCAUGCAAAUCGAUUAAAGGAGGAGGUUAUUGCAGCAAAACAUGAAUGUAGCAUUAAAAUGGAAAAUGUACGAAUAUCGGCAGAAGAUAAGAUUAAAGAGCAAGAACUAGAAAUAAAAAAAUUAAAAUUAAACAGUGAAAUGCUCAUAAAUGAAAUAUAUCGUAAAGAAGAUACAAUAGAAAAAAUGUCUAAUUUUAUAGAAAAUCUUCUAGAGCAAAAGAAAAAAUGCUCCCGAGAAUUAUCUGAAACAACUGAAAUUAUAAAAAAAGAGGCGACGCAUUUAAAAAAUGAAAAUUCCCGUUUAAAAAGAAAGCUGCGUGAUAUAGAACAACAAUAUAGAGAUUUAGAAAAUGCAUUUAUGAUAAAGAAUAAAGACGAUGAUGACGAAGGAUGUUAUAGUCACACUACAAUUAAAUCACAAUUAUUACUUUCAGCUAGAGAACAACAACUUGAAAGAGAUAAACAUACAAUUGAAAAACUACAGAAUCAAAUUGAAGAUUUGAAGAAAAUUCCUCAUGCAACUAAAAUUCAAAAAUUGUUAGUAGAAAAAAGUAUGAAAGUACGUGAACUUGAAGAAAGAAUAAAAUUGCUAACAGAUGAAUUAAAUGACAAAAGAUAUGAAGGUGUUAUGCGGUGA